ACUGUGCAAAAGAUGUGCAGCAAUAAGAAUAGCCAAUUAAACAUCACAGAAUUCUCCAUAAAAAUACAUUUUAAAAACAGCAGCGGCCCCACUGUUAUUCUGGAUAUUCCCAAAGGUGAGACUGACCUCUGACCUCUGACCCGGUGUCUCAGGUACUCGUUCCAGGAUGAAGAGGACAUGUUCAUGGUGGUCGACCUGUUGUUAGGAGGAGAUCUGCGGUAUCACCUGCAGCAGAGUGUUCAGUUCACGGAGGACGCGGUGAAACUCUACCUGUGUGAGAUGACGCUGGCGCUCGACUACCUGCAGAGUCAACACAUCAUACACAGGGACAUUAAACCUGACAACAUCCUGCUGGAUGAACAAGGUCACGCACAUUUAACAGACUUCAACAUUGCUACAAUAAUCAAGGAAGGCGAGCGAGCCACAGCCUUAGCGGGAACCAAACCUUACAUGGCUCCAGAGAUCUUCCAGUCGUUCGUGAGUGGAGGAACAGGUUAUGCGUUUGAGGUGGACUGGUGGUCGUUGGGUGUGACAAUUUUCGAAGUGCUGCGAGGUUGGAGGCCGUACGAUAUUCACGCCAGUAACUCCGUCGAGUCUCUUCUGCAGUUGUUCAGUACAGUCAGUGUUCAGUACAGCUCAACAUGGCACAAAGAUCUCAUCGCUCUGCUGAGAAAGUUAUUAACUGUAAAACCAGAGCAUCGCUUCAGUAGUCUGGCUCAAAUGCAGACAGCUCUGUACCUCUCUGAUGUCAACUGGGACGAUGUGUAUGAGAAGAAGAUGGAGCCCAGCUUUGUUCCCAAUAAAGGUCGUCUGCAUUGCGACCCGACCUUUGAACUAGAAGAGAUGAUUCUGGAGUCUCGUCCGCUUCACAAAAAGAAGAAACGACUCGCCAAAAACAGAUCGAGAGACAACAGCAAAGAUUCACAGUCUGAGAACGAGUAUCUUCAGGAGUGCCUUGAAGUCGUCCAGCAGGAGUUCAUGAUCUUCAACCGUGAAAAGUUAAACCGCCGUCAGGAGGAGGGCGGGAUGGGAGCAGACGGAGAGGGAGCUGAAGGAGAUCCAGAUGGGGAGGGUGAAGAGGCUGAGGGAGGAACAGAAGAUGAAGAGCCUGAGAUCGAACCCGAGACCUCCAAAUUGAGCAUGUGCGGUUCAGUGUGCUCGUCUCCUGGAAGCUGCUAGCACCCCUUGUUGACCUCAGCGGUGACGGCGUGCUCACUAUGCCUUUA